CUCGUUCUCUGAGGAGCUUCUGUGUGACGCUGUUGGAUAAAGUGGUGACAUUUCCUGAACUCUCCUGUUUCAUUUGUAUUAUUAGAGCCAGGGAAUCCAUCCUCCAGGGUUGCAUGAACUUCUGUUACCACCAUGGCUUGUUCUGAAACUGCAGGAAUUGAGAUGCCAGCCCUGGGCCGCCCUCUCCGGCUGGGGAUGCUGUACGACUGCCGCAGCGACAUGCUCAUACCAGGUAUCACUUUAUGGAACACCGAUACCCUUAGCAAACAAGUGGGGACAACAAUGCAGCACAAGGCUGAAGUUCAAAUCAUUGCAUCUGACACCAUGGAAGAUAAGGCCUCUGCUCUCAGUCUCUCAGGAUCCCUGAAGGCAAGUUUCCUGGGGGGCCUGGUAGAAGUGAAUGGAUCUGCAGCAUUUUUAAAUGAUACCAAGAAAUCCAAAAAUCAAGCCCGAGUUACAUUACAAUAUUCAACAACAACCAAGUUUGAGCAGCUGGCUAUAAGCCAUUCAGAGCACCAGAAUAUCUCUUAUCCUGCUGUAUGUGACCAAAAUAAAGCAACCCAUGUGGUCACAGCUAUACUGUACGGGGCUCAGGCUUUCUUUGUGUUUGAUCGAGAAGUUUCUUCAACUGAGAGUGUAGAAGAGAUACAGGGAAAGAUGAAACUUAUGAUAGAAAAAUUACCAAAAAUAUCAGGAGGAGGAGAGGGGCCUGUGAAAAUGGAAUACAAGAAAGCAUCAGAGGCUGAAAAUGUCAGUUGCACAUUCUAUGGUGAUUUUGCUCUUGAGAACAAUCCAGUUACUUAUCUAGAUGCCAUGGAAAUUUGUUCCACCCUCCCAAAGCUGUUGGGUGACAGCGGGGAGAAGGCCGUACCAGUGAGAGUUUGGCUGUACCCGCUGACCAAGCUGGACUCCAGAGCUGCUCAGCUGGUGCGUGAGAUCAGCAGAGUACUGAUUUUUGAUGCUCAAACAGCCUUGGAGCAACUGACCGAACUGGACAUGCGAGGCAAUGACAUGAUGAAAAAUCCAAUUGCCACAACCUUCCCUGAAAUCAAAAAGAAAAUCCAGCAAUUCAAAGAUCUGUGUCAGCAACACAGACAGACUUUCCAGCAACAACUAGCAAGAAUCUUACCUGCUAUCCGUGGAGGUGAAGCAGAAGAAAGGGCCCUGGUGGACAUUUUAAAAAGCAAAGAACAAUCACCAUUCAAUACACAGAGACUUUAUGAAUUUCUGGAUACAAAGGAGCAGGAGAUGAAUUUAGUGGAUUCCUACCUUGCUAGGCUACAGAAUGUGGAAGUCAUAUCCUCCAAGAGUGAACUAGAUAAAAUAGUACUCUGCCCUAAGCAUGAUUCUGUUGUGUGUUUCACACUUACUUCAUUACACAACAAAGAACCAUAUUUAUCAGAUUUGACCUUUUGGCUUCGAAGACAGUUUCUGGAGAAAAUUCAUGAUUCAGCAUCAGCCAGUUCUCCCUAUGAGAAAUCACAUUCCAAACAGUGGUUUGAGAAUGAAAAGAUAAGAAGAAAAGCACGAAAAUUCGCAAAGUCCUUCUUAGACUUUACUAAUGUCAAUAAAUCUCAUGGAAACACCCAGUUCAUUGUGGCCUCUGUUCCAGAUGAGGACCAUCCAGGAGCUACAAUUUACCUGUAUGAGGAUGGAGAGCUGGACAGCACCAACUUUGAGCCCCCAUCAAAACCUCUCCCUCCUCUGAUUGAUGGAAUCAGACACAAUUGUGUGCAGCUCACGUUUAAUCCAUCAGACUUUGGAAGGGCUGCGAUAUCCGGCUAUCUAGUAGAGUACAGAAUUUUAGGGCAGGAGAUCUGGACGUCUGUGACUGUAAAUAACACACAAGAAACAUUCACAGUAACAGGGCUACAUGCAAACACCGAGUACCAGUUCCGAUACGCUGCAGUGAGCAAACCAGGGCUCAGUGAGAGCAGCGACGUGAGUGAUCCUGUGAAGACUCUUCCCCCAACCAGCCCCCCUGGGAAGCCAGAAAAAGCUACUGUAGAAUCAUCUUCCAUUGCCCUCACCUGGGAGAGUCCAAGUGUCACUGGAGAUGGAGUCAGUAUAAGGGAGUGUAAGGUAGAAUAUAAAGAAGAGGUUGAAGGUGAAAGCUAUGAGGAGAAAGACAAAUGGCUGGGACAAAGGACAGAAGAGAGAACUGGAUCUUAUAACACUGAUGGACUGAAGCUGGAGACGACCUAUAGAUUUCAAGCGUCGGCUGUGUGCGCGGAUCGGGCUGUGAGAGACCCAAGUGAGGACAGUUGGAUCUCAACACCAGAGAAAGGUAAACAUGAAUAA